AUGCCGAGUGAUGGGGUUGGCAAGAUAGUGUGGCCGCUGGUUCCCUCCACGCGUGACAAGUGGGCUCAUCACAGCGUCCUUGUGCCUUGGAUUUGUCCCCGAGCCCUCUUCUGCCUUUCCGAUCUCAAACUCGCCAGUAAUGGGGCUGGCAAGUGGGGCGAACGGGACAGCCUAAAGCGUCGUUGGCCCGGCCGAGAGAGGCUCAACGCCUGUCACCCUGGGCGGCCUUGGGUCCUUUCCAGUCGGAGAGGCUGCAGGGGAGGAGGAAGACCCCGCCAGCUCCAGGGUGCAGGAUUCUGCCCCUCCCACCCGAGAGCCUCCCCCGGUGUCCCACUGGCAGUGGCUGCCCCGGGCCGCGGUCGCAGAGUAAGCAGGGACCCCAGUCCUCGGUCCGCGCGCCCUGCCCCUUGGGCUCAGCUGCGAGCCACCGCCGGCUUGCGCACCCAAGGAGAGAAAUGGAGGAUCUUUUUAACAGCUCUCCUGGCGAGUAUUUUAAAACACUACUCUGCGCUAGAUCAGCUCGCCCGUCGGCACCUGUCAGCGACCAGCAGACAAGCUGAGAUUCCCCUUUCAGCUGUCACUGGCGAUGACACCCACAUCUAUCACUGGCGAUGUUUUACAACUCCCGGCCAUGGGCAACAGGGCCCACUGCCCUGGGCGCGCCGCCGCCUCGGCCGCUCUGAGUCGGCUCCGAGCGCGCACGCGCGCCGUGUACCUGCCCCACCGCGCCCAGCUGCUGCCUGCCGGUUCUUCCAGCAGCUCCGGGCACGCCCGCGCUGUGCCGGCGGGGAGUGUCCGUCACUCUCAGCGCUCAGGAUCUCUCCCUUUCCAGGACCGCUAGGAAGCAGGAAACCCUUUUCCUCUCACGUUUGCAUCCCAUUCAUUCUUCCUCCGGGCAAUUCAAGUCUUUCACAGCCGCCACAGAUGCACGUGCGCGCGCGCGCGCGCAGCUGCACCUUUAAAGAAACUCUCAAGUCCUGGCGGCCAGAAAACCAGCUUUCAGGCGGGGCGGUGGGGCUCCUCCUCCCCUUGCCUCCUCUCUGCAGAUCUUUGUGCUCUAGGGAGGGAUGGCCGCACGUUCUGACUAGGACGAGGGUGGUGCAUAACGCGGAGGUCAAUUUUGCACAGUCCAGGCAAAAGAGCCCCCCACCAGCAUCCCUGCCUGUUCAGUUUCCCUCUCUGGCCCAGAGCGAAGGGCGAGGGGCGACAGAAGCCCGAGGGACAGAAAACCGAGGCCCCUCAGUGGCCGAGUUUGGAGAGGGUGUGAGUCCGGGAGAGCCCGGGGGCCGCAGGGAGAGGGCGCAGAAGCUCGAGCGCACCGAGCCAGAGGCCCCCUCUUCUCCCGCCGUGCGGGGCUGGAGGUGCAGGCGCCACUUCCGCAGCGCGGCCCGGCUAUGUGUCGCUCCUCCGCGCGCCGCCCGCCGCCGCCCGUGCCCUCGGGCCGCCGCCGCCGCCGCUGCCUCCCGUCGAGCCCGCGGCCGCACCCUCGGGCCGAUACUUGAGCCAGCAGAUGACCCAGGUGACAACGACCGAGAAGAGUGCCAGGAUGCUGGCCACCGACAGGCAGAUGGGCCCCACGGGCGAGGGCGAGGGCGACCCGGUGGCCGGUGCCUCGCCAGGGGGCGCCCCGCCUCCGGGGGGUCCCCCGCCGCCGUAGUGGUUGACGAAGAUGAGACCAGUGAAGAGCAGCACCACCAUGGAGAGGAAGGAGAAGACCACGCACACGCAGCCAGCGAAAUAUUGCUGAGAGUUAAAGGAGGACGAAGACACAGAUUCGUAGCUGGGUCUUGCUGUUUUCCUGACGCUGACCACAGCGGAUCUAGAAGACAGCAAAAUGCCCCCAGGGAAUGUUUGUGAAAAAGGAUGACUGGAUGGGAAGCAAGCUGAAGAAAAAGAAGGAAAG